AUGGCUAAAGACCCGUGGAGGACCGAUGAGUCUGCUUCAUCGCUGUGGUUUGAACAGGCCCUUAAUGCCACAGUUUAUAUCGGCGCUAUGGCAUAUGGUACGCAACUGGCAAUUGCGUUCCUCGCCGUGUACCACGUCAUAAAUUCGAAGACAAAGAAAUAUGUCUGGCAGUCCAUCACAUAUGUCGGCAUACUGGUUCUGUUAUCGACAAUCUAUACGGCAUGUAACAUCCAUUCGAAUGAGAUGGCGUGGAUCGACGAACGCGGCUACCCUGGCGGACCCCUGCAGUACCAGAUUGAGCAGAGUUAUACGACAACAAUCCUUGUCGCUAACGUGGCAGCGAUUUCUAUCACAUUUCUUGCCGAUAUCUGUAUGCUCUGGAGGUGCUGGAUAGUGUACCGGGGCCUAUGGAUAGCCGUCGCCCUUCCAGCUUUGCUUCUUCUUUCCUCGACUGCCAUGGGCAUACUCCUCGUCCUUCAGUUGGCUUUACCCGGCGUGGUGAUCUGGGGAGCUAGUAUUGCCAAGUUUUCCAUCCCAUACUGGGCCCUUUCAAUCACCUUCACCCUUCUCGUGACGUUCAUGAUCGUCGCCCGUGUUCUAUCGAUGCGUAGGGGGAUCCAGAAGUUGGGACCAGAGUGCGAGAAAUUAUAUACCGGAAUUGCGGCAAUGUUGGUUGAAUGUGCCCUGCCGUACGCGCUGAUCUCAUUUGUUUUCAUCAUCCUAUAUGGUUUGAGGACCACGGCGUCCAAUUUGUUUGUCCCGCUGAUGAUCAUGGUUGAGGCCAUGACCCCGCAGCUCAUUAUGAUACGCGUCGCCUGCGGCCAUGGUCUGUCAAGUGAGGCUGUCGCUGCCGCAAGUGGACAAAUGUCGGCGAUGGAAUUUCAGAGCGUUUUUUCCGAUACCGAGCGAUCCGACUCUCCUAUGACGACGAUAAGAGAGGUAGUGCACGCAAAGGAAGGAGCGGGACCUGGGUCUGAGAGCUCCUUUGAGGAAUUGUCGAAGCCGUUUCCAAGUUAG